AUGACUCCAAGUGGAAAUAAUGAUGGGGAGAGCGAAUCUAUAACUGGUGGUGAGACAGCAAUUCCUGCUAAAGAGACCUGUGUGUGGUUCAGAAAUCUUAUAAUGAAACAUCCAUCCAGUCUGCAAACACUGCGGGAGUUUAAGACAUGCUUGGGUCUGCAAGGUCUGAAUCAAACAGGCAGUCAACAUGUUGAUCAAGUCUGUAAUACUGUUGACAAGAACAAGAAUGGAUUUAUUGACUUCUUAGAGUUUAUUGCUGCUGUAAAUCUAGGAGUACGAGGGAAAAUGAAGCAAAAAUUGUAUUCUAAGCUAUAUGAUGAAGAUGGAAAUGGUUCUGUUGACAAAAGGGAACUACUGUACACCUUCAUGGUGAUACAAGCCCUCAAUGACCAGCAAACUCUGAAUCCUGAAGAAUUUACCAAGUUGGUGUUUCAUAAGAUUGAUAUAAACAAUGACGGAGAAUUGACUUUAGAAGAAUUUAUCAUUGGCACAAAAAGUCAGGAUCUUCUGGAGAUUGUUUCCAAGAGCUUCAACCUGUGGUGGGAAGCAGCCAGACAGACGCAGGACAGUUGCUUCUUCCAAACUAUCUGA